CUCUUCUCAUUUUCUUCAACAAUCCUCAUUUCUCUGAGAAUCUGGUGCUUAGCUUUUGGUAAAAUGAAGAUAUACUCUACAACGGUUGCUAUUUCACUCAUUGUGUCAUUCCUGCUGUUUUUCUCUGCCUCUUCUGAGCGCAAUGACGGGACCUUCAGAGUUGGCCUCAAAAAACUCAAGUUGGAUUCCAAAAACCGGCUUGCAGCACGCGUCGAAUCCAAACAAGAAAAGCCCCUGAGAGCUUACAGCCUUGGAAAUUCUGAAGAUGCUGAUGUUGUCGUGCUUAAGAAUUAUCUAGAUGCUCAGUACUACGGUGAGAUCGCUAUUGGUACUCCACCUCAGAAGUUCACUGUGGUUUUUGACACUGGGAGCUCUAACCUCUGGGUGCCAUCAUCAAAAUGCUAUUUCUCGCUUGCAUGUCUCUUGCAUCCCAAAUACAAGUCUUCGCGUUCAAGCACAUAUGAGAAGAAUGGAAAAUCUGCCGCAAUUCAUUAUGGCACUGGUGCAAUUGCUGGUUUUUUCAGCAAUGAUGCCGUCACAGUUGGCGAUUUAGUUGUCAAGGAUCAGGAAUUUAUCGAGGCAACCAAGGAGCCUGGUAUAACAUUUGUUGUAGCUAAGUUUGAUGGUAUCCUUGGUCUUGGAUUCCAAGAGAUCUCUGUUGGAAAUGCCGCUCCUGUUUGGUACAACAUGCUCAAGCAAGGCCUUAUCAAGGAGCCAGUUUUUUCAUUUUGGCUUAACCGUAAUGCAGAUGAAGAAGAAGGUGGUGAACUUGUAUUUGGAGGUGUUGAUCCAAAUCAUUUCAAGGGCAAACAUACAUAUGUUCCUGUGACUCAAAAAGGCUACUGGCAGUUUGACAUGGGUGAUGUUCUUAUUGGCGGCGCACCCACUGGGUUCUGUGAAAGUGGCUGUUCUGCGAUAGCAGAUUCUGGUACAUCUUUGCUUGCAGGUCCAACGACUAUUAUCACCAUGAUAAACCAUGCUAUUGGAGCAGCUGGAGUUGUUAGCCAGCAGUGCAAGACUGUUGUGGAUCAAUACGGGCAGACCAUUUUAGAUUUACUUUUGUCUGAGACCCAACCAAAGAAAAUCUGCUCGCAGAUUGGUCUGUGUACUUUUGAUGGUACCCGUGGUGUCAGUAUGGGCAUUGAGUCGGUGGUGGACAAGGAAAACGCCAAAUUGUCUAAUGGUGUUGGAGAUGCUGCGUGCUCUGCAUGUGAGAUGGCAGUUGUGUGGAUCCAGAGCCAGUUGAGGCAGAACAUGACUCAAGAACGCAUAUUGAACUACGUCAACGAGCUAUGUGAACGCCUUCCCAGCCCAAUGGGAGAGUCUGCAGUUGACUGCGCUCAACUCUCAACGAUGCCCACUGUUUCACUCACCAUUGGAGGCAAAGUAUUUGAUCUUGCGCCAGAAGAGUAUGUUCUGAAAGUUGGUGAGGGACCUGUGGCACAGUGCAUCAGUGGCUUUAUUGCUCUCGAUGUUGCUCCACCUCGUGGACCUCUCUGGAUCUUGGGAGAUGUGUUCAUGGGCAAAUACCACACCGUGUUCGACUUCGGUAACGAACAGGUCGGAUUUGCAGAGGCAGCGUAAACACGGUCGGGUUGGUUUCGCGUAUGUUUUUAGUAUGAACAAUCUGUGUCUCAAGUGUUGUUUGUAUGUUUUCUGGAGUUGAAGACUUUGAGUCGUAGUAGAAAUGGUGGCACAGCUACUUUUAUCUUUUAUGGUUUCCUAACGAAAAAAAGGCCUUUGUAGUUUUGAAGGCAUUGGCUUUGUAAAUACCUUCUGGCUCUGCUAAGUAAGUUCGAUGGUGAAACUUUAAUAAAAAAAGCCUGCCUCC